CUGCUGAAACAGCAGGCGCGACUGCGCCAGCUGACUGCUGCCGUCCGCCGCCGCACGGAGAUGCGCGACGAGGCGGUGGCCAAGGUGCGCACCCUGGAGGAGGCGGCGCAGGCGCUGAGGGCGCGUCUGGAGGAGACCGUGGCCGAGGUCGAAGCGUUGAGGACCGAGAGGGAGGCUUGGGACGCGGCGAUGACCGAGAAGGACGGCAAAAUUGCGGAUCUGGUGGAACUGACUAGUACAGGUGUCAGUCGAGAACAUUGGGAGGCGCAGUUGGCCGAGAAAGACGCCAAAAUCACCGCCUUGGAAGAAACGAGGUUAAGUGUGGCUGAGGCAAAAACACUGGGGGCGGCAGUGGUGCAGAAGUGCGAUGAGGUUGCUGCCCUGCAGGAUAAGCUGGCCGCCAUUGAGUCGAACCAGGAGAAGUGGGAGGCGGAGGCGGCAGAGAAGGAUGCUAAGAUCGCCACUCUGCAGGAGACGGUCCGUGAAAGCGCUCACAAGGACGAUAAGAUCGUGUACCUGCUGGAGGAGCUCACCGCCAAAGAGGCGGCCUUCGACGACGCCCGGGAGCGCUGCGAGGCGCUGGAGGCGCGCGUGGCCACGCUAUCCGCCCAGCUGGAGAGUCGCGACGCCGAGCUGGCCAGCCUGCAGGCGCAGCAGACCGCUUCCGACCUGCUCUCGGCACUCACCGAGUUCCCGGCCGGCGGCCAUCCGGUCGAGUCGGUGCUGGAGCCGGUGCCGGCCACCGGCCGCGGCGGCGACGCUGCGCUCGUGUCGGACGUGCGCGCGCUGAUGCAGCAGCUGCGCACGCUGCCGGCGGCCGAGGCGGGUGCGUUGUUCAGCGUGCCACGCGGUCUGGACCUGGUGAGCUUGCCGUCCAGUGGCUCGGAGGGUCAGCCGCGAGACUCGUCCGAAGACAACUGGUCCAUGGUGGACGAGCGGCCGUCGUCGGGCGCUGCCUCGCCGCCGGCCGCCGCCGCUAGGGACGCCGCUGCGGCCGCCGCCGCCGCCAAGGACGCCAGUCCGCCGUCCGAGGCGUCCGAGGCCGUGACGGUGGUAGCGGCCACCAUCCCGUGGCAGUGGGGCGAUGCGGAGGCGAGCGCCUCCUGGAACGACUGGGUGAUGGAGGCGCCGGCCGACGACGCCGCGCCGUCCGCCCCGCCGGCCACCGACGUGCCCGGCGCCGAGGCGCAGCUGGAGGCGCAGGCAGCGACCCCGCGGCCGGACGGCGCCGAGGAGCCCCCGGCAGGUGACGCCUCGCUGACGACUCCGGCUGGCGACGGCUGGGGCUGGUCGACCGGUGAGGAGGAGGACGAGGGAGCACCAGCCGGCAUGCCGUCCGGACAGUGGGGCUGGGAUGAGGACGCUGGCUGGCCGCGUGACGACCAGCCGCCGUCCGAGGCACUCCAGCUCGGCAACACCGAGAUGGUUACUGAGCAGGUGCUGGGCUGCGAGGACGCGCCGGCGCCGGCCGCCUCGGCCGCCGAGCUGGCCGCUGAGCUCAGCGCCGUGCGCGAGCUGUGGCUCGCCACUCAGAUGGAGGUGAGCGCUCUGUCCGAGGAGCGCGCGCGGCUCCUGCGGCAGCUGGAGGGAGUUGGCAGCACCGAGCAGCUCGCCGCGGAGGAGGCAGCGCUUCUGGAGGAGGUGACCUCCGGGUUACACUCGGAGCGACAGCGCUCGCCGGAGAGGGCGCGCGAGGCCGAGGCCGUCGCAGAGGAGCAGCGCGUCGACGCCAGUCACCAGUGGUCCGUGCUCAACUUCGAGAACUCGUCGCUGAAGGCCGACCUGGCCGGCAGCAUGACGGACCUGAUGGAGCUGCAGGCCAAGCUGGACGCGACCGAGGCCCAGCGCGCGGACGCCGCGUGCCGCCUCGAGCAGGAACAGAAGCUCCGAGCAGGAGCUCAGGAACAGGAGCUCCGCACCGUCUAUUACGAUCAGUCGCAGCCCCAGUUCGCGGGCUACUUCGGCCAGGAGCAGCAGACGACGGGCGCAUUCUUUGACCAGGGGCAGAUUGGAGCAGAUGCUGGCUUUGGUCAGCAAGAGCACUACGGCCAGAGCCAGCAAACGAUCGGAUCGUAUGCGGCUGGCGACGACCAGCAGCCCACAGGGUCGUGCUUUGGUAAUGGUCAGCAGCGUACGGGACCGGUCCAAGAUCUUGGGCCUCAGCAGUACGCAGGAAACUACUUUGGUGAUGGCCUGCAGCCGACGGAAUCGCACUUCGGUGAGGAUCAGCAGCGCAUUGGCCAGGGCGAACAGCAGACCGGGUCGCACUUCGGCCACGGUCAGCCGAGUGUUGAGGAGUACAAGUACGAAGCGGCUGUGGCGGAGAACCUCCAGACCACGGGCGACUACUUCAGCCGCGGCGGGCCGCCGUCGGGCGUGCCUGUAUUCUCCAUGUUCGGCGCGCCGGAGGUGGCCGCUGGUCCGGCCGACCCGUUCGCGGCGCUGUGGACGCCGCCGGCGGCAGGGCCGGGCGAGCGCACCGAACCGGAGGGUCUGCCGGCCGACUCCGGCGCCGAGCUGGCCCGCCAGCAGCUGGCCAGCACGUGCCACGAGAGGGACGAGCUCAGGGACCGGCUGGAGACGGCCGGCCGCGAACAGCAGGCGCUGCAGCAGCAGCUGCAAGCCGCGCUCCAGGAGCGGCAGCAGCUGCAAGAACGGCUCCAGGGCCUGGAGCCGGCCGCCGACCAGCUGCAAGCCGCGCUCCAGGAGCGCCAGGAACUGCAAGAGAAGCUGCAGGCGCUGGAGCCGGCCGCCAACCAGCAGCUGCAUGCUGCGCUCCAGGAGCGGCAGGAGCUACAGGAACGGCUCCAGGGCCUGGAGCCGGCCGCUGACCAGCUGCAAACCGCGCUCCAGGAGCGCCAGGAACUUCAAGAGAGACUGCAGGCGCUGGAGCCGACCGCCGACCAGCAGCUGCAGCUGAAGUUAGCGCUGCAGGAGCGGGACGAACUGCGCCUGCGCGUGCGGGAAUUGGAGCCGGCCGUUGAGCAGCUGCGGGCUGCCGUGGUGGAGCGGGAGCUGGUGGAGAGAGAGCUGGAGGACGCGCGCCGCCAGCUGGAGACGGCGCACCACGGCCUGGAGCAGGCCGAAUCUGACGCGAGCCACCGCCUCAACAUACAGGCGCUCGGGUCGGAGACGCGUAUAGAGCAGCUAGAGCUGCGCGUGGCCGACCUGGAGCCGCUGGCGACGCAGCGAGAGGAGACCGAGCGCCAGCGGCAGCAACUGCAGGAGCAGCUAACCGCCGCCGAGCUGGAGUUGGCGGCGCGGCAGGAGCGGCUGGCGAGCCUCGGCGCCGACAAGGAGCGGCUGGAACGGUCGGUGGCGGACCUGACGGCGCGGCUGGCGGCGCCACUCCCAGUGGCACCCGCCGUCGACGAGCCCGUCGUGCAGGCUGUGUCGCACGUGUUUGCCGAGGCGCCGCCGGCAGCGCCGCCUGCCUCCGCUCUUCCGUUCGCAUCGUCGCUCUUCGGCGGCUCGCAGCCCAUGGCGUCGUCCGCCGGGUUCCUGGACAGCUUCGGCAUCAUCCCGAACACCCCGCCACAGCCGCCGCCGCCGCCGGCCGUCGAGAAGACGCCGAACCUCGCCGAAGACAUCGCCGAACAGCUGAGUCUGCUGCGCGCCGAGAACGAGCAGCUGCGCGCCCGGAUCAUCGAACUGACGCCGGGCGGCGAGCGCUCCCAGCAGCUGGAGGCGGAGGUCAGCCAGCUGAAGGAGCAGCGGACGGCCGACGAGGAGCGACGGCUACGUCUGGAGACCGAGCUCGAGGAGCGCAACGCGCGGCUACUGGCGCUCGCCGCCACCGAGGAGCAGCUGAAGAGUUCCGAAUCGGAGAUCGCGCUGCUGCGCGCGCAGCUGGAUACGGUGGCCGGUCAAGGCGAGCGCAGCGACCUGGUGGAGGCGGACAACGCGCAGCUCCACUCCCAGUUGGAGGAGCUGACGGCUACCGCGCGCGCCGCGCAGCAGCUGGAGGAGGAGAAUGUGCGGCUGCGCACCGAGGCGGCGGCCGAGGUGGCAGCCGGCCGCCGUCUGCAGGAGCAGCUGCACCAGGCCCAGGAGGAGGCGGCGCGGCUGCGGGAGGAGGUCGAUCGGCUGCAGCAGUGCCGCGCCUCCGAAGCCGCCGCAGACGCCGCGCAGCGCGCCGCUGGACUGGAGCAUGAGGUGACCCGGCUGGGGGCGCUGCUCGAGGCGGCGGCGGCGGAGAAGGCGGCGCUGCAGGCGGCCGGGGCGGGACCAGAGGCCGCCCCGCAGCAGGCGGGCGAGGCGUCUACUGACGAUCUCCAGCGACAGCUGACGGAGGCGGAGGAGGCGCGUGCGGCGCUGCAGCUGCAGCAGUACAUCGACUACUACCAGUACUACGCGGCGUACUACAGCCAGGGCCAGCAGCAGCCGGAGCAGGGUCAGGUGGCCGCCCAGGCGGAGGUCGAACAGUACCACGACCCGAGCCAGGCGGAGCAGCAGGGCUGGGUGACAGACGCCUCCGUAAUGCUCCACUACCCCAUCAGCGCCGAGGAUGAAGCUCCGCCGGAGCCGUCUGCGCCGCCGACCAGCGCCGAGCUCUCCACGGUCCCGUUCCUGGAGGAGGCCGGUGCCGCUCCGCUGCGCGCCGAGUGGGGCUGGGAGGAGUUCACGCCGUCGCUGGAGGCGGUGUCGCCGGCGCCGGCCGAGCCGCGCGCGCCGCCGCCGGCCGAGCCGGCCGAGCUGGAGCGGGUGACGGCCGAGCUGCGGGCUGAACGUGAGAAGGUGGCGCGGCUCGAGCAGGAGGCGACCGCGCUCUGGGCCCAGACGGCCGCCGUCGACACGGACAAGCUGGCGGACGUGGUUCGCGAGCUGCAGACGGAGCGGGAGAAGCUGAGUCGCCUGCAGGUGGAGGCGACCGAGCUGCGGGAGCAUGCGGCCGCCGCCGCCGCCGGCGUCGAGCGGCUGGCGCUCGUCACCGCCGAGCUCGACGCGGAGCGCGAAGAGGCGCGACGCCUGCGGGAAGAGAUCCUUGCCCUGCAGGGGGAGAUGGCUGUUCUGCGGGACCAGCUGGCGCAACCGUCGACCCAGCUGGAGGCCGAGCGGGCGGCGCGCGCCGCACCGGUCGCCGACGACGCGGCACAGCUGUCCGCUCAGCUGGCCGAGGAGCUGGCUACGGUGUCGCAGCUGAGCGGCGAGCUUGAAUCGGAGCGUGCCGACGUGGCGCGCCUGGAGGGCGAGGUGCAGCUGCUGCGCGACCUGCUGACCGAUACGCAGGCGCAGCUGUCGGCGGCGCGCAGCACGCCGGUCGCCGACUCGGCGCUCGGCGACCAGGCCGCCUUCUACCGGCAGAAGGUGACCGAGCUGGAGACCACGCUGGCCGGCUCCCGGGAGGAGCUGCAGCAGGCCAAGGUUAAGAACGGCCGGCUCCUGCAGAAGCUGAAGACGGCGCAGAAGGGCGCGCGCGCCCCGGCGCCAGGCGCCGACGGCCUGGAUGCCGCCCUGCUGGAGGAGCUGCAGGCGCAGGCGACCGAGGCGCGCCGCCGUGCCGAUGAGGCCGAGCGACUGGGUCGCGAGCUGCAGCAGGAGAAGACGCGCCUGGCCGAGCAGGUUGAUACCUACCAGGAUGCGCAGGCCAGGCUGGUGGACGCCAAGGAGCGACUGGAGACGGAGGCCCACGCGCUGCGUGUGGAGAACGACCGGCUACGCGGCCAGAUAACCGACAUGGAGUGGCGGCUGGCCGAGCUGGAGGAGGCCGCGGAGAGCCGCGCUGCCGCCAGUGUGACGCCAGACGCCGCUGGUGUGAUGUCAGACGCCGCUGGUGUGACGUCAGACCCCGCCGGCGCGGCGCAAUCAGAGGUGACGGCAGAGGCGGAUUCGGCCGCGCGGUCGGAAUUAGCUCGGCUCGUGGAGGAGAAGGCGGUGCUGGAGCGGCGGCUGGAAGAGCUGGAGCUGCGUAACGAGGAGCUGCUGGAGCUGUACGAGACGGCAGCUGCCGCUCCCGAUGCCCAGCUGCAGCGGUCGGUGGAGCAGCUGCAGGUGGCGCUGGACGCGGCAGCCAGCGAGAACGCCGCCCUAUCGAACCGACUGGCGGCUUACGAAUCCCAGUGGCUGGCGGAGGGAGGCGGCGACGCCUCGGCGACCGCUCACCUGUUCCAUGCGAACGCGACCACGUCGUUGCAGUCCCCGCCUCUGACCGGCGCGGACCCGACCGUGCCCGCUCCGCCGCCGGUGGUGACAUCCUUCGCCGCUGCCCUGAGCAGCGCUCCCACCGACGUCUACCAGUCGUCACUGACUGGCGCGGAUCCGGCCAUGCCCGCCCAUCCGCUGUACUCGCGACCGCCGCUGGCGGGGGCCACCCCGGCCGCCACGGCCGCCCCCGCGCCGCCAGAUCUGACCGGCGGCGCGCCUGCCGACCACCCGACUCCUCCUGCGGAGGCCGACCAGGCGGCGUCGGCCGACACUGACCUGGCCGCCGCUCAGGCCGAGGCCGACGAGUCGGGGCUGGUGCUGCGCUCGCGCGAGGUGAUCAUCCACUCGAUGGCCGACGAGAUCUCGAGCCUGCGCGCCACCAACGCCGCGCUGCUGGCCGAGGCGGCCCAGUGGCGCACGCUGGCCGAGGAAGGCGAGGACGGUGACGUGGUGGACGGGCUGAACGAGCACCUGCGCCAGCUGGGCGAGGCGCUGCAGGGCCGCGACGCCCGGUGUCGCGAGCUCACCUCUGAGGUGGCCCAGCUGCUGGAGGAGCGGGACCUGCUGCAGCUGCGCCUCUCGUCGGCGCUGCGGUCCAAUCAGGCGCACCAGGCCGAUGUGCCCCGACCGGCAGACGAGGCGGCUGACGUGCUCCAGCUCAAAGUCAAGUGA